GUGUGCCAACACCCUCCUCCUAUUGGUUCGUUACACUAAGCCUGGGCGGAGCAGUGGUAUAAUCCUAUCCUGUUAUUCACACCUACGAUAAAAGGGAAGUGUCGCUCCCUGAAUUGGGUAUGAACGACUCUGAUACUGGCUUGUUAGCAUCUAUUGUUCUGGCUCGGCCCUGCCUUCACCUCAUUUGCAAGACUAAGAGCUGUGGGUUUUGGUCUCAGUAACCUGCUGAACACAGGGUCCAAAUUAAACCUCAAACCACCAUUCCGAUUCAAUGAUGGGUUCUGUUGUUUGACAAAAAUAGCUUCCUUUACUCCUCUUUCAAACCAUCUGUUUUCUUUGGCCAAAAUCUUUACCUCGCUGUCCUGAAAGGAGUGAUUGGUAGCUUUCAGGUGUAGAUGUACUGCUGAUUGAGGACCACUAGCAUUGUCCCUGCGAUGUUGAUAAAGCCUUUUUUGGAGCAUUUGCUUAGUUUCCCCAAUGUAGUGCUCUUUGCAUUCCUCAUCUUUACAGUGGAUGGAAUAGACCACAUUGCUCUGUUUCUGGUUUGGAGCCUUGUCUUUAGGAUGCACUAAUUUUUGUCUCAGGGUAUUUACUGGUUUGAAAUAGGUAGGAAUUUUGUGUUGCCAUAAGAUCCUCUGGAGUUUUUCGGAGACCCCCGCUACAUAAGGGACUACCACUCCUCUCCUUUUUGCUUCUGUGGGCUUUUGGGUUUCUUUCCCUACUCUCUUCUUUUGACAUUUGUUAAAAGCCCACCGUGGGUACCCACAGGUUGAGAGCGCUCUCUGGACAUGUUGUGUCUCCUUUUUCUUUCCCUCCGCACUAGUUGGUAUUUGUUCCGCUCUAUGUUGGAGGGUCCUAAUAACCCCUAGUUUAUGUUGUAGUGGAUGGUUUGAUUGAAAAAGCAGGUAUUGGUCAGUGUGUGUGGCCUUUCUAAAGACCUCUGUAAGUAGCUGUCUGUCCUUUCCUAUAAUUACCUUGCAGUCUAAGAAGGCUAGUUGGUUUUCUUUAGUGUCCUCGCGAGUAAAUUUGAUAUUGGUGUCCACCGCAUUGAUGUGAUCUGUGAAAGACUGAAUUUCUUGUUUUUUGAUUAUGACAAAGGUGUCAUCCACGUAUCUAAACCAAUGCCUUGGUUUUGUCCCUGAGAAGGAUGUGAGAGCCUGUUUCUCCAUCUCUUCCAUGUACAGAUUCGCCACUAUGGGUGAGACUGGUGAGCCCAUAGCACAACCAUGAAUUUGUCUGUAGAAUUUCCCUCUAAACUGAAAAUAUGUGGUGUUAAGGCAAAUUUCCAGUAAUUGGCAGAUGUGGUCAGCACUAAGUUUUGUUCUCCGAUGCAGAGUUGAGUCCUCGAGCAGUCUCUUCCUCACCACCGAGACUGCUGCUGAGGUGGGGACAGAUGUGAAAAGUGAAGUCACAUCAUAAGACACCAAAGUUUCCUCUGGCUCCAAUCUGAGGUCUUUGAUGCUCGCCACAAACCCUUUUGUGUUCUCUAUAUGAUGAUCAGUGUUGCCUACCAAUGGGGAUAAGACUGUUUUUACAUAUUUCGCUACAUUGUACGUGGUAGAGUCAAUGCUACAGACAAUGGGUCUGAGGGGAAGCCCUUCCUUGUGGAUUUUUGGAAGGCCAUAGAUACAUGGUGUAGCCUCCCCAGGGUAUAACCUAUGAUACAUCUGUCUGUCAAUUAGUUCUUCCUUCUCUAACUUUUGGAGACAGUGUAUGAUUUCUUUCUUAUACCUACUGGAUGGGUCCCUUUUAAUGCUGACCACAUCUGCCAAUUACUGGAAAUUUGCCUUAACACCACAUAUUUUCAGUUUAGAGGGAAAUUCUACAGACAAAUUCAUGGUUGUGCUAUGGGCUCACCAGUCUCACCCAUAGUGGCGAAUCUGUACAUGGAAGAGAUGGAGAAACAGGCUCUCACAUCCUUCUCAGGGACAAAACCAAGGCAUUGGUUUAGAUACGUGGAUGACACCUUUGUCAUAAUCAAAAAACAAGAAAUUCAGUCUUUCACAGAUCACAUCAAUGCGGUGGACACCAAUAUCAAAUUUACUCGCGAGGACACUAAAGAAAACCAACUAGCCUUCUUAGACUGCAAGGUAAUUAUAGGAAAGGACAGACAGCUACUUACAGAGGUCUUUAGAAAGGCCACACACACUGACCAAUACCUGCUUUUUCAAUCAAACCAUCCACUACAACAUAAACUAGGGGUUAUUAGGACCCUCCAACAUAGAGCGGAACAAAUACCAACUAGUGCGGAGGGAAAGAAAAAGGAGACACAACAUGUCCAGAGAGCGCUCUCAACCUGUGGGUACCCACGGUGGGCUUUUAACAAAUGUCAAAAGAAGAGAGUAGGGAAAGAAACCCAAAAGCCCACAGAAGCAAAAAGGAGAGGAGUGGUAGUCCCUUAUGUAGCGGGGGUCUCCGAAAAACUCCAGAGGAUCUUAUGGCAACACAAAAUUCCUACCUAUUUCAAACCAGUAAAUACCCUGAGACAAAAAUUAGUGCAUCCUAAAGACAAGGCUCCAAACCAGAAACAGAGCAAUGUGGUCUAUUCCAUCCACUGUAAAGAUGAGGAAUGCAAAGAGCACUACAUUGGGGAAACUAAGCAAAUGCUCCAAAAAAGGCUUUAUCAACAUCGCAGGGACAAUGCUAGUGGUCCUCAAUCAGCAGUACAUCUACACCUGAAAGCUACCAAUCACUCCUUUCAGGACAGCGAGGUAAAGAUUUUGGCCAAAGAAAACAGAUGGUUUGAAAGAGGAGUAAAGGAAGCUAUUUUUGUCAAACAACAGAACCCAUCAUUGAAUCGGAAUGGUGGUUUGAGGUUUAAUUUGGACCCUGUGUUCAGCAGGUUACUGAGACCAAAACCCACAGCUCUUAGUCUUGCAAAUGAGGUGAAGGCAGGGCCGAGCCAGAACAAUAGAUGCUAACAAGCCAGUAUCAGAGUCGUUCAUACCCAAUUCAGGGAGCGACACUUCCCUUUUAUCGUAGGUGUGAAUAACAGGAUAGGAUUAUACCACUGCUCCGCCCAGGCUUAGUGUAACGAACCAAUAGGAGGAGGGUGUUGGCACACCAAUUCCGCCCACUCUUACUGUA